AUGAAUCCAGCCGCCCAGUAUCUCAUCACCCACAGCUUUUGGCGCCACCACUACGAUGUCAGCACAAUAGACAAAACACAUCUCUUUCACGUCGCCAACUCCUCCUUCACACCAGGAAAGCCGGAUCUUACUUUUCACCGCAGCUCCGACUCUAAUGGGCCCGUUGUGGGGGUAUGUAAGUUCCGACACUUCUCCUCGGACUGUGAGAUUGGUCUAGGGGACCCUGAACGGCCUAACAAGAUGGACUGGGAAUACCUGCACAAGCAAGGCUUUACAAAGCGCAUAUACUGGUUUCGCAUGCAGCUUGAAGACGGUACAAAGCAAAAUUUUACCUGGAAACGAACCCACUCGCUUGGCACCGGCUGGGAAAACCACAAACUAGUCGAGGAUACCAGCCAGACCGUGGUCGCGGUCUUUUCUUCCGGCGGCAUUUUUUCCAAAACAACCGGCUACUUGGAUAUCUACUUGCCUCUAGGGCCGCAGUUCUACCUCAUGGCGCUUAUAUCGGGCAUUGCAGUUGUCGAGAAGGUGAGGCGUGCGAAACAGAGCGCGCAAAGUGGGGGAGGUGGAGCGGCAUGUUAG